AUGGGUCUUCCAUGGAAGAACGCCAAGGCCAAUCCACUCUCCCGUAUUGUCUCCGAUCUCCAGCCUCCCUCCCUCGUCCUCCAAACCGGCUUCCCCACCUCCGUCGUCGAUCUCUUCGUCAGGAAUCGCCACCGAAUCAGGAGACGCUCCUUCAAUACGACCAGCCACGAACGCUGCCCUCUCCACGCCCCGCCUCCCUCUCCCUCCCUCACCCCUCAUACUUCCCCCGCCGCUCCACACUCACUCCAUGCUCUCCAACAGGACUCCAUGCCGGCUCAUGUGGAAUUCAAUGUGGGCUCUGGCCGAUCGAAUGCCAAUGCCAAUGCCAAUGCUGCCCAUUCAAUCUAUACCUCUUCCCUGUUCGUUGCGGCGGCAAAGAUGUUUGUUGUGGUGAUUCUGGUUUUGAGUACUAAAAGACUCGUUCUCGGAAUUACUCUCUCCGCUUUCCUGUUGUUUCUCCUCUACUUUUUUGGGAAUUUCGCGGCUCCUUUCUUCGAUCCCUCUCCGAUCCGAAAUCGGUUCUUCCGCCGCCGAGACGGAUUGAUUGUUCAUGGAGGAGAAGAAGAGGAUCCGUCCAUGAACUCUGUCUCCAAUAACGAAAUCCAAAUCGUGGAAUCCAAUUCCGAGAGGGAAAAAUCAGGUUUGCAAGACGAGCGAUUUCGAAAUUGGGAAAAGGGAUUGGGUUGUUGUUUGGAUUUGCAAGUGGAAGAGGAGAAUGAGGAGGAGAAGGGGCAAUUCCAGGUGGGGAAGAAUCAGAGAAGCAGGAGCGCGAAGCUGAGAACCAAAAUCAUAAAUAAGUUGAUACCGAAGAAGCUACGAAGUGGGAAGAGAUUGAAAAGCAACAAGAGCGGGAAGAACAAAACGAAACAAGAAACGGGCAACGUGAUCAUGAGAAACGAACAAGGCACAGAAUGGAGCUGCGAGAAAGAAGAUGAAGAGGUUUGGCAAGUGUGGAAGCCUGAAGAACAAGAAGAAGAAGAAGAAGAGAGGAAUAAGAGUUUGGAUUGUGAAUUUGUGAUCCUAAUGAUCCUUUUGGGGCUUUGUGGUGGCCGAUUUCUGGCACUUGUUCUUACAGUUUCAGGGUGUUUCAUGCUCAAACUCAUCAAAAUUCUGAACCAGCAACGGAAAUUUGGGUAA